AUGACUAUUACCCUGAGCUUCAUCUUUACUUUCACCUUGACCCUGAUCCUAACUUUCACCGGGACCCGGAACUUCUUUCAGAUGUUUGUCCUCACUCUUGACAUGACCCAUACAUGGAAUGUCACCCUGCCUCUGACCGUGACCUUGAUCCUCAACCUGACCCUCACCCUGACCAUCGCCUUGACACUGAUCCUUAAAUCUACACUCACCGUCAUUUGGCCCUAUAUCAGACCUUCUCUUCUCCCUCAUCCUAACACUAAUCCCUUCCCUGACCAUGACCCUCAAGCAUUUGCUGCCAUCGGAGAUUACAAUGAACGUAUCAGUCUGGAUGUUAACUGCUCUAAGGAGGUAGCCACUGCCAUCCAUGGGGCCAUCAUCCUGGCCAUGUUUCCUGUUGUCCCCAUGUGGCGAGGCUCCUGGGGGAACAAGACUGGCAAGCCCCACACUGUCCCAUGCAAGGUGACCGGCCGCUGUGGCUCUGUGCUAGUUCCUCUCAUCCUCAUCCCCAGAGGCCCUGGCAUUAUCUCAGCCCCUAUGCCCAAGAAGCUGAUGCUGGUGGCUGGCAUUGAAGACUGCUACACCUCAGCCAGGAGCUGCAUUGCCACGCUGGGCAACUUCACCACGGUCACUUUUGGUGCCAUUCCCAAGACCUACAUCUAUCUCCCUCACCUCUGGAAAGAGACUGAGUUCACCAAGUCUCUCUAUCAGGAAUCCACUGACCGUCUUGUAAAGAUCCACACCCCGGUCUCCAGGCAGGGGUACGGCCACCACCUAGUUUUAUACAAGAAAAAUGAAGUGAAUUAG